AUGAAGAACGACUGUCCAAAACGAACUAAAGUAUCCAAAGGUCCGGUAGAAGUACCUGACUUAAUACACAAGCCUUCAAAAGUUGUUGACAAUAUGAGUCAAUCAUUUGGUAAUAUUCCUGGUAUACAGUCUACUAGUGCAAAAUCAAAACCAUCUGCAGAAUCACCACCUGUAGCUAUGCAAUUAGAAAAAGAAGGAGAUAUAGAAAAAAAAGAGAAAGAAACUUUAUUCAAUUUCAUUUCAGAAUGUGUUACCAGACAUGAGGAAAAGAAAAAAUUAAGACAAAGUAAUCAAGAAUGUGUUUUCCCCGAUGAAUCUGAAAUAUCUAAACGAGACUCUAGUUUAAAAAAAAAUACAGCAUUCAUCAGAAAACUUAAAAACUUUCCUCCUCCUCAACUUGAUCAGUUAAUCAAGGACAUGAAUUCUUUAAAUUUGACUAAAUAUCUAUCAGAAGUUGUGUCAGCUCUUACCGAAAUCAAACUGAAAAUGACUGAAAUUGAUGCCAUGAUAAUAUUAUGCACCCAAUUGAAUACAACUUAUUCAGACUUUUCCAAAAUUUUUUUUGAACAAUGGCAAAAAAUAUUAAAUAUUAAAAAAGAUGAUAAAAUUAGUAACAUGAGCAAAUUCAGAGUUGAUCUCAGACUUUUUUCUGAGCUUACUUCUGCUGGCAUUGUGCCUCAAAAAGAAGGUCUUGUCUUGCUUGGCAAUAUAUUAACUAUAUUGAUUAAUUCUGAUCUUCAGGAUCAUAACAAUUUAAAUAUUAUACUUAGUUUUUGUAAAUAUUGUGGUGAUGAUUAUGCUGGAUUAAUUCCUAAAGAAAUGCAAGAUUUAGCAGAAAAAUAUGAUGUUGAAAUAAUAAAAAGUGAUAUGCUUUCUAAUGACAAACAAAAAAAUGUAAGAGCAUUAUUAAAAGAGUAUUAUGUGUCUCUAUGUAAUCAUGUUAAACGAAUGUAUAAUGAUUUAGAAUAUGCAGAAAAACAAAAUGAAAAGAUUUUACAAACUAAGGGUGAACUUAGACCGGAACGUAAAGCAAAAAAUGAACAAAUGAAUGUUAUGUAUCAAAAACUUUAUAGUUCUGCAAUGACAUUUGCAGAUAUACUCAAUGAACCAGUAAUUAUAUUGAAAGAAGAAAAAAAAACUAGUUCAACUGAAGAUUUGACGGAUUCAGAAUUAGAUAUUAUUACAACACCAGCACCAUCAGAAUUAACUAGCCUUUGGGAAGACGAAGAGACUCAAAAGUUUUAUGAAGAAUUUCCAAAUCUUAGUAAUUAUAUACCUGAUAAAAACAAAAAGAUUGAUGAACCUGAGGAAACUGAAGGCGAAUGUAACACAAAGAAAAGUUUGUCAGAUAUUAAAGACGCUGUGGAAGUCGAAGUAUCCAAUAUUGGCACCAAAGUCGUAUUUGAAACAUUUACAGAACAAUUGCCAAAAUGUGUUAACCGAGAAAUGAUUGACAGUUUAGCGAUUGAAUUUUUAAUAUAUCUUAAUACUAAAAAUAAUCGAAAAAAACUAGUUAAAGUUUUAUUUAGUGUACCGAGAACAAGAGUAGAUCUCUUACCAUUUUAUACACGUUUUGUAGCCAUUUUAAAUCCUAUAAUGCCAGAAGUCGCUCUUGAACUAUGUUCUUUAUUAAAAAGUGAUUUUAGAUACAAUGUAAAGAAGAAAGAUCAGAUAAACAUUGAAACUAAACUUAAAGUUGUACGUUUUAUAGGAGAAAUGGUCAAGUUUAAUUUAAUGGCUAAAUCUGAAGCAUUGCAUUGUUUUAAAAUGUUACUCAAUGAUUUCACUCAUCAUCACAUUGAAAUGGGUUGUGCAUUGUUAGAAACGGCUGGAAGAUUUUUAUAUCGUUCUCCAGAAAGUCAUCAUCGUGCUAAGAUAUAUUUAGAACAAAUGAUGAGAGUCAAAUCUAUUUCAGCUCUGCGACCCGUAUAUGUUACAAUGAUAGAAAAUGCUUAUUAUUUUGUUAAUCCUACUGAUUCGCCAGCUAUUAUGAAAAAACAAAGACCUAUUUUACAUGAGUUUAUUAGACAUUUACUAUAUAAUGAAUUAAAAGAUGCGCCUGAAAAAGAGAGCAUGAUUUUAAGUCUUCUAAAACAAAUGGAUUGGGAAAAUGUAGCAGAGAAAACUUAUUUAAUAAAGUGUUUAACAGAAGCUUGGAAUGUUACUUAUCCAAUGAUUUCAGAUUUAGCAUGUUUAGUGGCAGCUUUUGUAGAUUAUGACGAUUCUGUUGGAACACGCGUUGUAGAUGGUGUUAUGGAAGAUAUACGAGUAGGUUUAGAAACAAAUUUGGUGAAAUUUAAUCAAAGAAGAAUAGCUAUGAUCAAAUAUUUUGGUGAACUAUAUAAUUAUAGACUAAUAGAAAGCAAUGAUGUUUUUAAAGUGUUAUAUAGUCUUGUAUCAUUUGGUGUUGUUUACGACCCAGAUUUUUAUUCAACAUUUGAUCCUCCUGAAAAUUUAUUUCGACUGAGGCUUAUAUGCACUUUACUCGAUACUUGUGGAGAAUUUUUUAAUCGAGGACCUGGUAAACUAAAAUUGGAUUGCUUUAUUUUAUACUUUCAAUAUUAUUUUUGGUUAAAAAAGUCUAGUACCACCUGGGAUGAUGAAAAUCCAUUUCCUGUUACAAUGGAUUAUUUAGUUACAGACAUAUUAAAAAAACUUAGGCCUAAUUUUAAGAUGAAAAACUGUUUUCUUGAAGCUCAAAAGAUAGUAAUUCUACUUCAAGAGAGAUUAAUUCAACAAUAUAAUCUUAAAGAAAGUGAAGAAUCUCAAUUAGCCACUAUUGAUGAAGAAACAGGCGAGGGAAAAAAUUUAAAUGAGGAAGACUCUGAUAUUGAUUCCACCGAUGAUGAAGAAAGUGAUGCUACAGUUUGUAGUGAUAAAACUCCUGAUGAGCCUGUCCGCCGUAAAAUUGAGGAUCCUGAAGACUUUGAGUUUUUGGAAUCCUUUGAUAAAAUGGUUAGUGAUAAUAUACAAGAAAGGACAAAAGAAGCAACACGUCCACAAACAGAAAUAUCAAUACCGUUUCAUUUGAAGAAAUACAGUAAAAAGACCUAUGUGCAAUUACAGAGUUCACAGGAAGAUAAUUCUGUGAAUUUUAUAUUAAUGUUGAAAAAGGGUAACAAGCAAACAUUCAAGAACUUGCAAGUGCCAAUGGAUUCUGAAUUAGCAUCAAAUCUGAAGAAUCAAGAAAUGGCCGAACAAGCAGAAUUAAGAAGGGUAAAACAAUUGACUUUAGAUAUCAAUAAUAGACAAGAAGAAGAAGAUUAUAAAGAUUUAGCUCAAGUUAUGCAAAAACCUGUUACAACUACCAUCAAAGACAAAAAGCCAUUACCAAUUAAAGGAACGCCCGAUGCUGAGUCAAUAUUUGGAAAAAAAAAAAGGUUUUUAUUCAAAUAUAUUAUUUAUCAGCUAAUACUCUAAUUUUUUGAUUACCUACAAUAUAGUAGGGUGGUCGUUAACCUAUAGGUAUUGAAAAUAAAUGACAAAUAUUUGAAUCGUGGGCUCGGGAUUCUGUUAGGUACAAUAAUUUUUGUAAAUUUUGUAUAUGAUUAAUCAGUCAACCCCUUCACGUGCCUCAAAGAGGCUGAAGUUAGUAAAAAAGAGAUAGUUUUUAGGUUAAUUUUGGACACACAAAAAAUUUAUCAAAAACUAUUAUAGUAAAAAAUAUUUUCCACUUAAUAGCUCUCUUUAAAAUUUCAGUGAAACUUCUAUUAUCUGUUUAAAUCAAUGUAAAAUUGGUAGAUUUGAAAUUUUACAUAAUCUUGAAUUUUUUAUUACAAAUCUACCAACUUUUAAAUUGAUUUUUGAUUUUAAAUUAUAAUUUCAAUUAUGAAUUUUUGAAAAAUCUUUAUCAAAACAGACAUUUCAUAGAGUAUUAUGGUUUUGAAAGAAAAUCUAAUAUAAUUAACAAUAUAUUUCAAAAAUUAUUUUUCCAAAUAUUGAAUGAUUAUUUGAUUCCAUGAAAUUCUAUGCAUUGAUAUAAUAAAAUCUAACAGCAUUUUGCAAUACUAACUUAGAAAAUUAAAUUUAACUUGUUCAAAAAAUUAAAUUAUUUUAGAAUUUUUUAGUUUUCAAUCUAGCUCAUCAUUUUUAUUUUUUUAUGUAUUACAAAACUGUAUUUGAAAAAAAAUUAAUUCACAUUUGCCUUAAAUACUGCUGAUUGGGUUAGCUAAAAAUUAAUAAGUAUUAUUUUUGGAAUCUGUGAUCUUCAUUUUAAAACUAUGUAUAAUUUAUAUUCAUAAUAGGCUUAUAUAUAUAUAACUUUAUAUUAAUAGAUUUUUUGAUUACAUUUAUUAAUUCUUUGUUUUUUGAUUAUUAUUUUAAGUGACAAAUGGGUAUAA